AUGCGUCGUAAGUUUAAGUCCCUCCGCAACUCCAAGAAAUCAACCGGCGACCCCGACUGUCCAGAGGACGUAAAACGUGCCAAACGAAUCAACCGUGCCAUGGAGGCUCGGAUGUCCGUUCUCGAUAUGGGAUCUGGUGACGAAAACGAGGACAAUGAAAACAAUGUCAACAACGACAGCGACAGCAGCUCCGACCCUCCAUCAGCCCCGACACCGGUACUUUCACCUUUCACUCUUUUUGCAACGCCACGGACUGUCUUGGACCCUACAGAACUUGCGACGAUCGGUCAUGCGGAAAACGAAGCCAUCAAGCGUCGUUUGGUGUUUGAGCAGUGUGACGCGCGACAACACACGUUUGAAGUUCUAGCAGCCAUGCAAGAGCGACAACAAGCGAUGGAGCUAGAGUACCGCCGGUAUCACAUGUAA